CCGUGCUAUGUAUUGUACCAUACCACGCCAUUGCGUCUGAGCAGUGAGGACCAUCGGGAACAACUCAGAUCGGACCACCUCUCUUCUUCCUCAAGACACGAUCACCAUGUUGGGGAAUACUUCGAGAAACAUACACCUCACGGCUAUGUCCAGCCCUCUCCGAGCUCAAUGCCGGAAUCUUAUGGGCACAGCUACACGACAGCUCUCGAUACGCGCCGAUUCCCAGCAGAUCAAGUCAGUCGCAAUUCUCGGCGGCGGCAUCACCGGGUUGUCGGCGGCAUGGUACUUAUCCAAGCUUGCGCCGGCGGUUCCAGUCACGCUGUACGAGAAGUCGUCGAGGCUGGGCGGAUGGCUCAAUUCGAAGCGUGUGGAGUAUAAUGGCGGGAGUGUGCUGUUCGAGCAGGGCCCGAGAACCCUGCGACCUUGGUCGAUCGCUGGGCUGGUUACGCUGGAUAUGAUUCGACAGCUGAAGCUCGAAGACGAGCUGGCGAUCAUCCCGAAGACUUCUCCCGCCGCUCGGAACCGGUUCAUCUACUAUCCCGACCGCCUCAACGAGCUCCCGAACAGUGCAGUCUCGGCGAUGCUCUCCCCGAGACUCCCCGUGAUGAAGGGUGUCCUCGGCGGUAUCCUCAAGGAGCCAUUCCGGAGGCGCCGAUCACCAGAUCUCCAGGACGAAUCGGUUGGAUCGUUCAUCAGCCGGCGCUUCGGCCCAAGCCUUGCCCAAAAUAUGGUCUCGGCGGUCUUGCACGGGAUCUACGCCGGCGAUAUCGACCGUCUCAGCGUCAAAUCGCUUUUCCCCACGAUGUGGCGGAAUGAGGCGGCACAUGGAUCUUUGAUCCUCGGGAUGUUGCGCACAAAGAACAAAGCUGAGAUCGUCGACGAUGUGACAUUGCAGGCUGAACUUACUCCGGACAAUGCUGAGCUCAUGAAGAAGCUCGAGAACGCGAGCGUGUACUCGUUCAAGGGCGGUAUUGAGACCCUUAGUCGGGCACUUGUCACAGAGCUCAAGAAAAACCCCAACAUCACCAUCGAAACUUCCGCCGACCUUGGCAGCGUCGAAUACUCCCCCGACGACGCCAAUCUGCCGUUCUCACUCGGCGGCGGAAAACAUUCCCACGUCGUCUCGACUCUCUAUGCCUCAGUCACCAACUCUCUCCUCUCACCCACGCACCGCAUUCCCGCGCUCGCACAAAUCGAAGCCGUCACAGUCCUCGUCGUCAACCUGUACUUCGCGACGUCCAAUCUCCUCCCAGUAGAGGGAUUCGGCUAUCUCCUUCCCAAAUCCAUCCCAUCCUCCUCCAAUCCGCACAAGGCGCUCGGCGUAAUCUUCGACUCGUGCGCUACGCCACAGCCAUCAGAGACGGGCACGAAGGUCACGAUUAUGCUCGGCGGGCACUACUGGCAGGGCCGGACCUCGUUCCCGUCAGACGCGGAGGGCGUGCGGAUGGCUCGUGACGUGUUGAGGCAGCACCUGCACAUCGACGAGGAGCCGCUUGCGGCGAACGUCGCGCUGAAUAGGGACUGUAUCCCGCAGUAUAACGUGGGCCACGAUGCGAGGAUGAAGGAUGUGAAGCAGGCGCUCCUGGAGACGUUCGGUGGACGCCUGUGUGUGGCUGGUGCGAGCUAUAGAGGCGUCGGCAUGAAUGAUUGUAUCAGGUCUGCGAGAGAUGUGGUCAAGGGGUUGGUAGAGCACGGGGGACGCUAUACGGGGCUGGAAGGGGGAGGGGAUGAGAUCAGGUGGGUUGGGAAUGAGAAGGGACGCUGAAGGAUGGGGAUGUGGAAUCGGGAGGAAUACCGAAAUACAUGCCUACCUAGGCUUAUAAAUCUCGAAUCCGCUCAUUUCCCUCCAGCUCUCACAGUCCAAAGAGACAAGACCACCGUGAGAUUGUGGUCCGAAUAUGUACCUACAUAGCCGGGUUCCACCGUUCACCACCAACGCACUCGUUUGAUUUCGGGAUUUAUCCAGCUAUGAUGCCUUUUGUCUGCCUACUUACUUGACUAAGUACCCACCGGAUAGCUCCGGACUCAGAAUCUACGGUUAACCUCCAAUAUAGGGCAUGGGUGUGUACGUAUUCGGCAUAACCACGUACGCAGCCCGUGACAAAUUACUGUUAACUGAGAUUCACAUGCCUCUCUACUAGGUGCUAUAUAGGAAAGCCGCCGAUAACCAACGGCGCAUAUGUAAGCGAAAGCAGUUUAUCGCGCCCACCGAGCCGAGCCUGCCG